AUGGAUGGAAAAAGAAUCGAGGGCAAUGAAGUUUAUGCUUUAGUAAUAAGUGUAAGUAUUCUCCUCUUUGCUCCAAUUGUUGUGUCUCAACCAAUACCGGCAGAUAAAUCCCAAGUAGAAGCUUGGUUUAACGGUAUUAUCAAGCCAGUGAAGGAAAGGGGUAAAACCUUAAACCCUGAAUUGGUUGAGGCAGAGACAGAACCUAGAAUCAUAAAGGUGAUGCAAGGUGGGGGUGGAGAAUUCGAUACCAUAACCAAAGCCAUCGAGAGCGUUCCAUCAGGGAACGCCAAAUUUGACGGCACCGCCAAGCAAUAUGGAACCGUAGAUAGUGCCACUCUUAUUACUGAGAGUAGUUACUUUGUGGGUGCUAAUCUCAAUAUAGUGAACAGUGCUCCUAGGCCAGACGGGAAAACAGUAGGAGCACAAGCGGUUGCUUUGAGAGUCUCCGGUGAUAGGUCGGCUUUCUAUAACUAUAAGAUCAUUGGCUUCCAGGACACUUUGUGUGAUGAUAGGGGCAACCAUUUCUUUAAGGAUUGCCAUAUUCGUGGCACUGUUGAUUUCAUUUUUGGAAGCGAGACAUCUUUAUAUCUGGUAUUAAUAUUCUCAACGCGUGAGAUAUGA